UGGGCUGAGUGACAGGGAAGAGGCUCCUGCACCGGGACGGAAAGGCGGGGCGGACGCCGGUUUCCCGCGGUCUGAGGUGGCGCGGGAGGAGAAUUGCUCUUAAAGGGCCAGCGUACGCUCGUCCUUUUGUUCCGGGGCCGCAGGGCGGGGCAGGCCCAACUUUCGUUGUCUCCCUGCCUACUCUCCAGAGCCGCCAUGAUCUCCCAGUUCUUCAUUCUUUCCUCCAAAGGGGACCCGCUCAUCUACAAGGAUUUCCGCGGGGACAGUGGUGGUCGGGAUGUGGCCGAGCUCUUCUACCGGAAGCUGACGGGACUGCCCGGAGAUGAGUCCCCGGUUGUCAUGCACCACGAUGACCGUCAUUUUAUUCACAUCAGACACAGCGGCCUCUAUUUGGUGGCCACGACUUCAGAGAACAUUUCUCCCUUCAGCCUCCUAGAGCUGCUCUCCCGGUUGGCCACUCUCCUGGGCGAUUACUGUGGCUCCUUGGGCGAGGGGACCAUCUCCCGCAACGUGGCUCUUGUCUAUGAGCUCCUGGAUGAAGUGCUGGACUAUGGCUACGUGCAGACCACAUCCACAGAGAUGCUGAGAAACUUCAUCCAGACAGAGGCUGUGGUCAGCAAGCCCUUCAGUCUCUUUGACCUCAGCAGUGUUGGCUUGUUUGGGGCUGAGACGCAGCAGAGCAAAGUGGCCCCCAGCAGUGCAGCCAGCCGCCCUGUCCUGUCCAGCCGCUCUGACCAGAGCCAAAAGAAUGAAGUGUUUUUGGAUGUGGUCGAGAGGCUGUCUGUACUGAUAGCAUCUAACGGCUCGCUGCUGAAGGUAGACGUGCAGGGAGAGAUCCGGCUCAAGAGCUUUCUUCCCAGUGGCUCUGAGAUGCGCAUUGGCCUGACAGAAGAGUUUUGUGUGGGGAAGUCAGAACUGAGAGGUUACGGCCCAGGAAUCCGGGUGGAUGAGGUCUCAUUUCACAGCUCAGUGCUCCUUGAGGAGUUUGAGUCUCAUCGAAUCCUCCGCUUGCAGCCCCCUCAGGGCGAGCUGACUGUGAUGCGGUACCAACUCUCAGACGACCUCCCCUCCCCACUCCCCUUCCGGCUCUUUCCCUCUGUGCAGUGGGACCGAGGCUCAGGCAGGCUCCAGGUUUACCUGAAGUUACGAUGCGACCUGCCCCCGAAGAGCCAAGCUCUCAACGUCAGGCUGCACCUUCCCCUGCCGCGAGGGGUGAUUAGCCUGUCUCAGGAGCUGAGCGGCCCUGAACAGAAGGCAGAGCUCGGGGAUGGAGCCCUCCACUGGGACCUGCCUCGGGUGCAAGGCGGCUCUCAGCUGUCAGGCCUUUUCCAGAUGGAUGUUCCAGGUCUCCCUGGGCCUUCUGGCCAAGGACCCUCCACCACGGCCCCUCCGCUGGGGCUGGGCCCCGCCAGCCUCUCUUUUGAACUUCCCCGGCACACAUGCUCUGGCCUCCAGGUGCGCUUCCUCAGGCUGGCGUUCAGACCCUGCGGCAAUGCCAACCCCCACAAGUGGGUGCGACAUCUGAGCCACAGUGAUGCCUACGUCAUUCGGAUCUGAGGCUCCCCAGACGAGGAUGCGGGCAGCAAAGGCAGUAGUCUGUGGAACCAGAGAAGGACGAUACUGUCUUUUCCACCCUUCCAGACCAUGGUCAUGGACCUGGAUGAAAUGUCCUGAGUCCUGAGAGUCCAGGAGACCAGUCCUAGUUGACAUAUUUGACCUUCCUGUGGUACCUGACACAGGAAAGGCCGGGGUGGAUCAGAAUUUACAAAUCAAACUUUUAUUCUGAGGAACUGGCUGUACAAUAUCUAAAAGUAACAUGGAAGAAGCAAACCAUUACUUCCA